AUUUGUCACGUGACUGACAUGUUUACAUCCAGGUUCUUCUCGUUUAACUUCCGGAACUGCGCAGUAGGAGUCAGCUGACAGUUGUGGUCAAGCAACCAGUGAAACAUCUCAGCUGAAGAGACCCUGAACGGAGGAGGGGAGGGGAAAGCCUCUUUUUUUUGUCUCCAGAACCGUAACGGCCGCGGAGAAACGGACAGCCGUUACCUCCUUAGAUACCCGGCCACGUCUUCCCGCCUUCCACGCAAUGAGUAUCAGCGCUCCGAGAGGCCUGGCCAGCUCGGGGCAAAAGCCCAUCACGGAGAUUCUCCACCCGCUGUCCGCCGCCGAGGAGCCGCUCUCCCCCGGGCCAGAUGUCACCGUCAGCGGUGGAAGGGAUAAGGAAGUGGGGCUGACCAACGGCACGCCGGUUGAGACGCCGAGUCCGGCUUCUGCGUCCGUGCUGUUCAACAGGCUGCAGCUGGACGACGACUUGGACUCAGAUGGCCGGGACCCCUACGCCGACACAGAAACCCACGACCUUUUCGUCACUGUCGACGACCCAAAGAAACACGUCUCCACCAUGGAGACCUACAUCACUUACAGAGUCUCCACCAAGACAACACGGAUAGAGUUUGACCUGCCGGAGUACUCUGUUCGGCGGCGCUAUCAGGACUUUGACUGGCUGAGGACCAAGCUGGAGGACAGCCAGCCGACCCACCUCAUCCCACCGUUACCAGAGAAGUUUGUGAUGAAGGGCGUGGUCGAUCGUUUUUCCGAGGAGUUUGUGGAGACGAGGAUGAAGGCCCUGGACAAGUUCCUGAAACGAGUUGCAGACCACCCCGUCCUCUCCUUCAACCCUCAUCUAAAUGCUUUCCUGUCUGCCAAGGACCUCAACAAACGUCAGGGUCUGGCCCUGCUAUCCAAAGUGGGUGAGUCUGUGAAGAACGUGGCUGGAGGCUACAAGCUGCGAGUGCGACCUCCUGAGUUCUGCGCCAUGGGAGAAUACCUGGACACCUUUAACCAGAAACUGGGAACCAUCGACCGGAUCGCUCAGAGGAUCCUCAAAGAGCAAUCAGAGUAUCUAACUGAGCUACGCGAGUAUGGUACAGUCUAUGCCAGUUGGGCGGGGUCAGAGGAGGAGCUGCAGCGCCCUCUGGAGGGCGUGGCUGGCUGUGUGACGACGUGCUGCGGCGCGCUGGAGGACAUGAGCGAGAACAUGGGCCAGGACUUUCUACCCGUGCUCAGAGAAUACAUUCUCUACAUCGAAUCAAUGAAGAAUGUUUUAAGGAAGCGAGACCAGAGCCAAGCGGAGUACGAAGGCCGUCUAGAAGCAGCCGUAUUGCGCAAACAAGAGGACAGAACGCCCAUACCAGCGGAAGUAGAGAAAUGCCAGGACAAAAUGGAGUGUUUCAACGCUGACCUGAAGGCAGACUGGGAGCGCUGGCAGAGCAACAAGAGACAAGACUUCAAACAGCUUCUCACCGGCAUGGCCGACAAAAACGUCACCCAUUAUGAAAAGUGCCAGGCAGCGUGGGAGUCGCUCAUAACUCUCCUCCAGGACAAACAGACUGAAGACAAAACGAGUUGUAAAAGCCUCUGGGAAAUACGACAGUGAAUGAACAGGAAUUUACUCUCUUGUACUCAAAGCACCACACCUGUUGUUUUUUGUUGUUUUUUUACUCUAUACUUUUACCAAAGGUCACAAACUUCACCCCUGUCGUUCCUGCACCUGUUAUUAAAAAUAACCCACAAAAAUCAGGUGGUAUGUGAAAAAUGUUCAAGUGGGACCUCUGCGUGUUUUCCCUAAGGGACACUUUAGUAUGGCUUGGUUUUUGUUUUUGUUUUUUGCUACAAACCCUCACAGAUAAAUGGAGAUAAACCGUGUUCAGCGAUGACGAUGAAGGUGCCUACAGAAGAAAACAAGGUCUUGCCAUCUAUAAAUCACCAUUUUGGGCUAUAAUCUCUGGUCUCACUAACUCAAACUUAUGAGAAAAUAACUUGAAAUUUUGAGAUUAUAACUCAGAUUUUUAAGUUACCAAAAACUUUUUGCUACCUGUUUGUUUGUGGGGUUUUUUUUGUUUGUUUUGUUUUUUAAAGUGAUGGCAACAAGCUUCUAUGGGCGUCUGAGCUGAACGCUGAGGUUUGUCUGAGAGGUCACUUUGUGGAAGGUGGAGUUUUUAAGAGAACAGCGGCUCCACCUUGUGGCCAAGCUGUUAAUAGUUUUCUCCCAUGCUUUUGAAAUGAGGGGGAAGUGAAGAAGUGAGCUACCUCUUUUGGCUUCUCUUGAUAUCGUCUUUCUCUCACCAUUCCCAUUUAUACCCUUCCUCUUCUUCUUUAAGCAAAGACUUACCUCAGUUGGUGACGUUAACGGUGCAUUUGGUUCAUAAUAAUAAGGUGAAGGCUCCAGUGGUAAGAAGACGUAAAUGUUUUACCAUUGGAUUUUUUUUUUUUAAAUUAACUUAUUAUUAUUUCCUUGCCUAAGUGAUAAAACCCUGCACUGAAGCAUGCAUAACCAUCCCUAAGAAAGCCAUGAAUCCUGAAUAUAAGGUGUCAGUGUGUUCAUGCUGCUGGCUUACAGAGGAACUAAAACCUCUGGGGCUAGUGGAAAAAUCCCUGCUGUGUCAUGUUAAGAGUGAGACAUUG